UUGCCCCUCCUCAAGAUGGCGGCGCGCGCUUCGCCCCACUCCAAGAUGGCGGCGGGGCGGCCCCGCCCCCUGGCGGCCGAGCGGGGCGGCGGGGCAGCGGCGCCCGGUGUCGCAGGUGUCCUUGCGGCGGGCGGGAGGCGAGGCCGGGGCCGGGGCCGGCGGGCGGGCGCGGAGCCAUGCUGGCCUUCGUGGCGAGGGCUGCGCGCACUGUCAGGUGGAAGAAGAAACCGAGGCAGGCCGAGGGAGAGGUUUACGAUCUUUUCUGUCCUCCCAGCCAUGGAUAGGAAGCAGGAACAAACAGAGAAGGCCAGGCCGUAUGGCCUGCUGAAACCAACAGCUUUAGGCAAGAUCCCAGGCAGAUUCCUACUUCACCAGGAAGCAUUGCCCAGUCUCCCAGUGCCACCACUGCAGCAGACCUUGGACCGUUACCUGCAGGCUCUGCAGCCCAUCAUUAGUGAGGAGGAGUGGAACCACACACAGGAGCUGGUGACUGAGUUCCGCAGACCGGGCGGCGUUGGGGAGAGGCUGCAGAAAGGCCUGGAGAGAAGAGCCAAGAAGAUGGAGAACUGGCUCUCUGACUGGUGGCUGAAGACAGCUUACUUGGAGUAUCGCCUGCCAGUUGUGGUUCACUCCAGCCCAGGCGUGGUUUUACCUAAGCAGGAUUUUCUGGAUCGACAAGGUCAGCUCAGGUUUGCUGCCAAGCUCAUCGAGGGUGUCCUGGAUUUCAAGACAAUGAUUGACAAUGAGACCCUCCCAGUGGAGUACAUGGGUGGGAAGCCCCUCUGCAUGAACCAGUACUACCAGAUCCUGUCAUCCUGCCGCAUUCCCGGGCCCAAGCGGGACUCCAUUGUCAACUAUGCCAAAGGCAAAAAGCAGUCCAGACACAUCACGGUGGUUCACAACUUCCAGUUCUUUGAGUUGGAUGUUUACAACAGUGAUGGAAGUCCCCUUACCACUGACCAGCUCUUCAUUCAGCUGGAGAAGAUCUGGAACACCUCCCUCCAAACGAACAAAGAGCCUGUUGGGAUCCUCACCACCAACCACCGAAACAGCUGGGCAAAAGCCUACAACAACCUUCUUAAAGAUAAGACUAACAAGGAAUCUGUGCGUACAAUUGAGAAGAGCAUUUUUACGGUCUGCCUUGAUGCCCCAAUGCCCCGUGUGUCUGAGGACAUCUACAAGAGCCGUGUGGCUGCUCAGAUGCUGCAUGGUGGAGGCAGUCGCUGGAACAGCGGGAACCGAUGGUUUGACAAAACCCUUCAAUUCAUCAUUGCUGAAGACGGCUCCUGUGGUCUUGUAUAUGAGCAUGCUCCCUCAGAAGGCCCACCCAUUGUUGCUCUUCUGGAUCACAUCGUGGAGUACACGAAGAAGCCAGAGCUGAUAAGAUCGCCUAUGGUUCCUCUGCCAAUGCCCAAGAAGCUGCGGUUUAACAUCACACCAGAAAUCAAGACUGACAUAGAGAAGGCAAAGCAGAACCUCAACAUAAUGGUCCAAGACCUGGAUGUGAAAGUCAUGGUCUUUCAUCACUUUGGGAAAAACUUCCCCAAAUCAGAGAAGAUAAGUCCUGAUGCUUUUAUCCAGCAGGCCUUGCAGCUAGCAUAUUACAGGAUGUAUGGCCAUGCCUGUGCCACAUAUGAGAGUGCAUCACUAAGGAUGUUCCGUCUGGGCCGCACAGACACUAUCCGCUCCACCUCUGUGGACUCUCUUAAGUUUGUGCAAGCAAUGGACAACCCUAACAAAUCGGACCAGGAGAAAGCAGACUUGCUGAGGAGAGCUACUCAGGCCCACAGGGAAUACACUGAUCUGGCAAUUAGGGGGAAUGCAAUAGACCGCCACCUGUUAGGCUUGAAGCUUCAAGCUAUUGAGGACCUAGUGAGCAUACCUGAACUGUUCAUGGACACAGCAUAUGCUGUUGCAAUGCACUUCAAUCUCUCAACCAGCCAGGUCCCAGCAAAGACAGACUGUGUGAUGUGUUUUGGUCCUGUGGUUCCAGAUGGCUAUGGAGUCUGUUACAACCCUAUGGCAGAACAUAUCAAUUUUGCAAUUUCAGCAUUCAACAGCUGUGCUGAUACCAAUGCAGCUCGCAUAGCACAUUAUCUUGAGAAGGCACUGCUAGACAUGAGGAUGUUGCUCCAGUCUACUCCGAAAUCCAAACUGUAAGAGGCAAAUAUGAUGCAAAAGCCCAAAAGGGGCGCUCUCAUGCACUCAAGUUCCCAGUUCCUCAGAAAAUGGUUGAGGGGAUUGUUUGGUCAACAGAAUCCUAGGAGAGAUCUACCAUGUUUUCAGCAACAGAUUACGGAACGGCCAUCUACACGUAUUACUAGACUGUGCAGCAAGAGGAAACACUGUCUUAAUCCAAGGUGGAACUGACUGUUCCUCUCCUGUUACUGCAGAGUGCACCUUCCCGUCCUCAGAGAGGACUGAAGCAUGAUCGUUUUAUGGAAUUUACUGUAGAGGAAUACAGAAAGCACAGUACUUAUCAGUAUCUAAAUCCAUUUGGUAAGAAAAAUAGUUCUCCAGGAAGACUAGGGAACGAUGUUUAUUACAUGAUGGAACUAUUCUAAGACCAAGUCUUUUUGCUGGUUUAGGCUUUUGAAGAAUCUGCAUCUUUCAACCUUGACUAAAGAAUUUUAUGCCGCUCCAGCAACUGAACUUUGGCAAGGGGAGAGAAGUUCUCUAUAUCAGAGCAGAUAUUUUUUUUUUUUUUUUUUUUUUUUAAGAGCGCACUGCACUAUCCCAGGCCCCUGACCAUCACAUGCUCUAAAGGCAUGUGAUCUCCUUUCUGUUGCACUGCCCUACUAACAGAUUACCACUACAAGCUAAAGGUUUUUUGUUAAGCAUGCUGCUGUGGUCCUAGCUACUGAUCUUCAGGCUCAGAUUAAAGCUUCCCCCUCCCCCAAUAAGCUUCUGUAAAACAUCUCUCACACAGGUUUUGCUAGAUUUAGCUUUAUAUACAUCAGUGAUUGUGGAGAUGAGAAGGGCUUGCCUCUAUAUCUUUAGCAGGACUGCUGUCUAACUCGCCUUAUUGCACCUUUCUUUGGAGUUAAGGAAGAAAAGCAGAACAUUGACCUUCAGCAGAACAUUGACCUUCUGUUUACAAAAGACCACAUGGAUGGUCUCCUUCAUGACACGCAUUUUUAAUCUAUAACACUACUUUUACACCUUGCUGUCAGAGGCAACAUCUUUGCAUAACAUAUUAUGCUUAAGUUUGCAUAAAACAGUGUUUCUGAUCAGAAGCUCCAGAAUACACUUUCAUUUCUGGCCUACUCGGUUCAAAGCUGUUAGAGCCAAAGGAAGAACAGUUGCAGAACCACCCUUCUUCCACAUCAUUCUGCUGUAACAAGGCAAAAGAUCUUGAAAAGCAGGAAUAAAGCAGAGAACUUGCAGGCAGCAUAGAUGUUUGUUCACUGUGGCAGUCAUUGUUCUCACAGUAGCAGUGCAGCAUUUUUUUCUGCUACUCUUGGCUUUUUCUUGCUUUAAUGUUACUCAGAUUUGUACUAGCUCUAUUUUGUGAGAGAUAAUAUCAUGACAGUAUUUUUAUGUUAGGUUGACAAACUUGAGAAAUUAGAAGAUUAUAUAAAAAUUACAGUUUUGGCAUUGGAAGUAGUGCUUACAAGAACUCAUGUGAGUCUGCCAGAAUCUAAGCUCCCAGCUAUCCUUUUAUAUAGCAGUAUGUAAAAACCAUAUGGGAGCGAAGAAAUCAGUGCUAUUUCUGCCGCAGGGACUUAAUAUUUAUUUGCACACUUCACAAUGUGGCUGCUGAGACACCACCAUAAACAAGAAACAAUAGGAGUUUGAUGGCCUAUUUUGUUACAGGGAAGUAUCCAAUUGUAACUGCCACUUCUCUGGUCAUAGGCCAGCAAGGGACAUUGACAAAGUGCCUUGGUAAAUAUGUGAAAAGCUUGCACUAAGCCUUUUUAGAAGAGAGCGCAAUCUGAUCUGCUUCUUAAAAGACACAAGCCAAAACUAUUAUGCAUUUGGCUUUUUUAAAUAAGGGUGUUAUUUCAAAGCUUUAUCUUAAACCUAAAUAAACCUUAAAAAGGAAAAUUUAACUGAAACUCACCUGCACAGCCAGUGAUUGUAUGAACUGCCACUUUCAUAUCAUCUACAUGGACUUAGAUUUUGUUGAUUUUAUAGAAGAAUCCUGAAUGCAAUAAGAUAGUCUAAAAACAAUGGGAGCACAACAAACCUGGAAACAGACAUCCCUGCCGACUCCUCCACUACAAAUUAAAUUAAAACUACAAACAGGAUUCUCGGUGUUAUCAAGAUUUAAGUGAUUAUGUAAAAACUUCAUAUACUAUACCUUGCUGGAAUAAAAUCUGGUUUUAAGGAGCCUUUUACUCUGAAAAAUUUAUUAUAUAUAUAUUUGAUGAAAUAAUCCUCCCUGCUUAACUGAAAACCUUUGUAAUAGGGGAUUAAUUAUUUUCCCUGCCUACAGUGCCUUCAACUACUGAUACUACAGUAUCACCACAUAGGUAUUUGAGACUGACCCUUUUCUGUUUCUUAUCAAAGGGGAAGGCUCUCAAAGGAAGAUGCCUAUUAAAGAUUAAACAAAAGUCUGCUCUGCUGUGAAUGUAUCGGAAGAUUUGUUUGCUUUAGUCUUGGAUCUAAAUCUGGAUUAUCUCACUAGCUUCAGCAGAGUACAGCUGCAAGAAGCACAGUAUCACACUGAAAUACACAAGAUUCUUAAAUAAUUUUAUGCAUCCUUAGUGAUAUGUGGAGCUGAAAUUCAGAUACUUUUUUUUUUUUUUUUGAAAUGCUCAAAAGGACACUAAAACCAUUACAAAGUUUUUCCUUUAAAAAAAUUCUUAUCGUCCAAGUUCUAAGUUGUGAUGUCCUUCUGACUUAGCCCUUCUUGAUUUUUUCAGUGUCUACUUGCAAAAUACUAUUCCCCUCCAUGUUUUUGACUGGUUCUUUCUCAAGAGAUGUCCAGAGUCUUAAGGCUAAGAACCUAAGUUCUGGAAAAACUACUGAUUUGGUGCAAAUAAAGAAAUGCAUAGAUUGAAAACAUUCAACUAACUCUUGGGGUAUGAGUGCAAUUUAUGACACAGCCUAGUAGUGUUUGCAUGCUUGCUGGUUAGCUGUAUUGAAUACUGUUUUGAUAGUAUAAUCAUGUUGUGCAAAAAUUUGAAGUGUUCCUCCAAUGAACUUAAACACAAUAAACAGAAAAGUGCUA